ACCACCACCGCCAACAAUAACAACGUUAUCACUAUUUCUACCACCACUACAUACCCUUCCCGUUUUCUCUCUCUACUACUACUUCUACUACUACUACUAUUGCUACUGCUGCUACUACUACUGCUACAAUUUACUGCAGUAACCCUCCUCCUUUUUGCCAGUUCCUCUUUCUCCUCCUCUCCUAUUCUAUUCAGCAACCAUCGCCGCCUCUAUAGUUUCCCAUAGUGCGAUGUCUACAGCUGAAAUGGGAACACACACUAGGAUUUGGGUGCUGCUCAUUGUUUUGUCACUUUCGACCACAAACCUAAUAAAUUUCUUCAUACAAGCAGAGAAAUAUUCCAACUUGCAUUCUUCGACAUUGUCCGAGACUAAUACGAACAGUCACAGUAGUGGUAGUAGCAGUAGUAGUAGUAGUAGUAAUAAUAAUAAUAAUAAUAACAAAAAUAAUAAACAUAAUAAUAACAAUCAUAAUCAUAACAAUGAUAAUAGGUACAUAAAUAGUGGUGAUAAUAACGAUAGUGCCAGCAAAAGGUCCCAAAACCCGAACCCAUCACCUAAUGGAAUAUUUGUAAACGGAGUACCAUCGAACCCGACCGGCUCUAAACAACAGCAACUCUCCACGGCGUCUACUAAGAAGAAACUAGAGGAUUUUAAAGAAUACGACUGUCCAGAUCACAAUCCAUCCUGUUUAAAAGACAAGGAAAACUUCAAUGCUAUCAAGACACUACAUGAUUUGAUUGAUGAUGAUAGGAAUGGCAACGUUGAUCAAACAGAAAGUGAUGAGUUUUUACGAGUGGAAUUACAGUAUACGGAUGGCUUUGAAAGGCAUUUUACAUUUCAUGGGAAUGACGGAUUUAUUAGCGUUGAAGAUCUUUGGAAGUCUUGGAAACAGUCUGAAGUCUACAAUUGGACUGUUGAUGAUGUCGUCGAUUGGUUAGUUCACCAUGUUGAAUUACCUCAGUAUGUUACAAAUUUCCAAACUCACAAAAUUGACGGAUCAACGUUACCAAGAAUGGCUGCCAGCCAUCAAUACCUAAGUACUAUUGGUGUGAAGAACAAUGUACACAAACAGAAGCUGUCUUUGAAAGCAAUGGAUGUUGUGCUGUUUGGACCACCAAAGAAGGGUCACAGUUAUAUUAAAGACUUGACCUUGAUUGCUUCUCUCAUCAUUGCCAUUGGUGGAUGCUGGUUUGCGUAUCUUCAACACAAAUAUUCUCAGGCUCACGUGAAAAAAAUGAUGCGGGACUGGGAAUCUCUUCAAAUUGCAGAAGAAUCCUUAAAAGAAUUGCAAGAACGGCUGGAUAAAGCACAGCAAGAACAAAAUCUAAACGACAGACUAAAAGAUGUUGAAGGAAUUGAGCAGCCUGAUUCAGAUGUCAAGCUUCUUAGAAAGCAGAGCCUUGAUGAAAUAUCUCGUGGGAAAAUAGAAGAAGAACUGAAGCAGGUGAAAGCAAAUUUGAGAAAGGCAGAAAAAGAGCUUGAAAGCCGGCAGUGGUCAUCAGCACCAGCAGACUUACAGAAAUGGCUUCAACUAACUUACGAAAUAGAACUACAACACCAUAAUAAUAAGAAGCUAGCGGCUGAGAAUCAACUGAGAGAAGCACGAGAUUGUUGUGAAAAAUUAAAGAAGAAAAGGAAUGCUUUUAUGGGGCCUCUUAGAAUUGCUCACGGAAAUUCUAUUGAUGAAGUUGACAAACGGAUCCUCAAUGCAAGAGCUUCACUAGAAGUGGUUCACCAAGAUCUGCAAGAGCGCCUUGGUCGAUGGAGAGCUAUUGAACGCCUCUGUGCAUUUUCUGUGACCAAGAAUUCAGGAUUGGCUUCCCUGAUGCAAACAAUGCAUCAAGAUAAACUAACUCCAGUGUCACAAAGAACUCAUUCUACGUACAGUCUUUGUAGCAUUUACGAAAACCAUUCCAUACGGUAUAAAAAUAUUGACGUCAGUUGAAAUAAUCAAGCUGUUUGAUAUUAACAACAUCAGUCAACCCCAGUUUCUCAAAUCUAAACUAUACUAAAUGUGAUUUGUGUUCAUUUUUGUUUAAUUUCUACCAGCUUCUGAAGUGUAGCCUCUAUCAAAUAUAAUUCCCAAACAUUUAUUAUUGCAUGCAGAUACAACUAAGUUAAGAAAUGAUUAUGUUUGUAGUAGAAAGCCAAAAAUCUAUUUGUCAAUAUCUAUGAGGAGUAUUGUGUGUUUUUUUGAAAUUGCUACAUUUCAAUUAGAAAACAACUACUACAAUCUAGCAGGCAAUCCAUAGGAUGGAAUUGAAUAUAUGACCAGCACACCUUGGACUCUUCUAAAUAAAAACAGACCUACAUAAACAUUGUCAUGUGCAUAUUGCCCAACUGCCUGAUUCAAAGAUGAAAAUAUAUGUCUAUGAUCUUACAUGGUGUAUAAAAUAUGAUUAGUCUUACAUCAGAAAAGUGCACAUAUGGGUUAAAAGACACUUCUCUACUACUGCUUCUUCUAUCAAAAAACAUGUACAGAAAUACCAAACCCAAAACAUUUAGGUUUCCAUUGACGUCACAGAAUGAAAUGUUGGGAAUCUCAGAAUAAAAAAUGCCAUCAUCAUUAGCAAUACCAAAGUGCAUAUUAACAACAGAACUAAGCUACAUGCAGCUGAAUGGCUAUUAUAGCAAAGCUGUCCUGUGCAUGCAAAACAAUCCUCCAUUAAUGUACUCCAGAACAGAAAAUCUAGCUUGCAACUCUAAAUGUCCAAAGAUUUCCUGAAUAACCGGUCUUAGUCCCCAAAUAUCAAAAUAAAAGAUCAAAAAAACAAAUCAUUGACUUACCUUUUUUUAUAACUCACAAUGGCUUGGCUUUUCCAGAAAAUUAAACCAUGUAUCCGUGUGCGUGUGUACGUGUGUGUACACUAUUUUAAAUUUAGCUGAUGACAGCCUGUAUUUUGUACAAAUAUAAUUUUCCCACAAUGGAAGAAUAACUAAAUACUCAUCAGACAAAAAUGAUGAGAAAUGUCAUGAUUUGUAAAGGAAGCUUGAAAAGAAAACAAGCUGACAAGAAACUACAGUGCUGUGACAAAAAAAAAAAAUACCCAAAUGAAAAAAAAACCCAGAAAGCAAAACAAAAAUGUGUGUUUAUAUUUGUUUGUCACUCUGGUUGCCUAUCUUUGAUUACAGCAUUAGAUUCUGUCUGAUUGUGUCUGUCUACCUCUGAGUUAUCUAUUUCUCUACCUUGACACCUCUAACAAAUAUUUGGUUAAUUUUUAUACCUAUUCUACAAAAGUAAUAUCACAUUUGAUGAUAAAAAUGUCAAUUUUCAAUUUUCUAAUAAUUAAUAUAUUUUUCAAUGUUGAACAACACUCUCCUCAUAGUUUAAAGGUUCUGUUUUGUGAGUUACUUAUGACCUGUCUAUUGCUGUUUCUACAUUAAAAAGUACCCUGUACAAAAUGGUCUGCAUUAGGAAGGACAUCCAGCUAUUGAAACUAAUGCCAAAGCAGACAUUGGAGUACGGCACAGUCCUCUGGCUUGCCAGCUCUCAACAAAAUGUCCAGUUCAUGCCAGCAUCAAGCCUUUCGGUUGGUAAAUAGAUCAAAGUUCAAUUUAAGAGUUCGUUAAUAAUUUUACACAGGAAAGCAAUUUUAAUGUAGCAUAUACUUUGCCCUCCUUGUUGCGACCCCAUAAUGGCUUUUCAAACCCCCAGACUGGGAAUCCCUGGUUUAUCUAAUAUCAGCCAUGUUUACCUUUCAUAAUUUCAUUGUCAACUGAUUGAUGAUAUUUGUUUAUUUAAAAAAAUUUUUCAAUGAUAAUGAUUUAAAAAAA